AUGUUGAUAAUUGAAUUAAAUGUUGGUCAAUUAGCUGGACUGAUUGAAUGGACAACCUUAAGCAAAGUGAUUGGAGAAAGUCCACUUAACAUUUAUGGAGCAGGUGGACAACCUAUUUUAACAGGAAUUAGAUUAUUAUUAUGGGGUGUGGGAUCAUAUAAACGUAAUAUACUUUACUUACUCAUUGGAAUAUCUUUAAUAGCAUUAUUUGGAGUAUCAGCUAUUGCACCACUUGGUAUUUCUACGUGUGCAGUGACAAAUGAUAUAACGUCUGUUGAGGUUGAUGUCAUUAAGGCUGAUCCAUUAUUGAGUAAUGCAGUUAAUAACACAUUUUCUUUGAAGGAGCUAACAAGCAUUAGGGUAUGUGGUGGAGAUGACUACCAAAUAUGUCCAGGAACGAAAGAUGGAUUGCAUGUUGAUGAAGAAUAUGCAAUUGACUUUAACAAAACAUACAGUAACAAUGCAAUGAGAUAUCGUCUGUUGAAAACUCUCGGCAAUGAUAAUAUUUCGUUUCCUUCCUAUGAUUUUAUGAUGCUGAGUGUAACAACAAGUGUACGGAAAGAGGGUUAUGGAAUUAUCGACACAAUGGUUGUAGAUCAUGAUAAUGGUGGAUUUUUAGUAAAUAAUGUAAUCCAACCCAAUUUAAAAGCCAACGGGAGUCUUAGCUGGUCAAUUCAAGGCAUGUGGCUGCAACCACAUGUCAGUUGUCAUUCAACAAAUUUUACGAUGAUUUCAUGGAGUAAUGCUACCUCCACUUCACCUCGCAACGAUUGGAUAGGCUAUAUGGUUAUUAACAACACUGAUAUAAAUUCAUUGGGUAUAAAUCCAAUUGGUGAUAGAGGCCAGUCAACUGAUCUUCCAACAAGAAGCAUCAUGUAUAGUCGGAUGAUACAAGAUCUUCUUAUGGAAGGAUUAAAUAUGACAGCAAACGGGACCUUUUUUGAGUCACCAGUUUUUGUAAUUGAUGAGCCAAAAACUGUUAAUUCAGGAAAAUUACUUGGUUUUUAUUUAAGUUAUAACAUUGAAUUUAAUGAUACACUUAACUUGGAUGCUGAAAUUCGGUGUGAAGGAUAUAGUAUAUACGACAAUAUUUCAGAAAAUAUAGUCGGUGUUAAGUGCUGGAUAUUACUUGGAUUUCCCAUACAAACUACACGAGGUACUGAACAAACUUUAUACAGCUGUGCUAGCGUAGUUGAAGCGAGUGUAAAGACUAUCAAGUUGGAAUCUAGCACAACAGGAGCAUUUAAUGUAACAGAUGUGCAAACCAUUCCAGCACAAUGGUAUAUUGAAAAGGGAACUCUUAAUAUUAGUGACAUAGAUCCUUGGUGGGGAGGAGUUGAAUUUGGAGAAAAACUUCCUAAUAAUAGUUUAUUAGUAAGCGAAAAUACUCUUUUGUUACCAGCAGGAGUUUCUAGCUUAUAUUCUAUUAGUUUUGGCGCAAAUGCUGUUGCUGCUCCUGGUCUUGCAAUGAAAAUGACGACUAACCUUGAGGAUGAGUUCGCUGGUUAUCAAGCAAAUGGUAUUGGAAAUUUGGGUUUGUUACAACAAUGGAAAGAAAAUGGAUUAACUGAAAAAGGUAUAAGUG